GCCCUCUAUGUCAAGUCAGAGACGUCAACAACCCCCACUCUUCACACAAAACCAAUUGGCACGUUUGCCUUCGCUACACUUGAGCUUGGUGCUGAGUCGAAGACGACGCUCCAGCCACCCUUGGGUCUCGACCUUGAGGUGGACGAGCUGGAUGCAAAGUGGAACGUGUACGUCUCCUGCGAGUUUAUGGAUCUCGAGGCCACCACUGUCAUCACAGACCCCGAUGUGGUGUUUGACAUGACUGGCCGUGGCCCUGACAUUGACGGUCCUGGCACACCAACAGGCCACACAACGGGCGCAGGUGCGGGCUACGCCACACAAGGCGGCCACGGCGCAUUUGCACACGGCAGCCUUCCUGGCGGCCCUGCGUUUGGCAGCACGUUUGAGCCCACGCAAGCUGGCUCUCGCGGCGGUGCUCGCCUGGUGAACGGGGAGCUUGUGCCCGGUGGCCGCGGCGGUGGCCAUGCGCAUGUGGUGGUCGCGCAGGUGCUUGACCUUGAAGGCACCAUCAUCGUUGACGGCGCCGCUGGUGCGGAGGAGACGGGCUCCGGCGGCGGCUCUGGCGGCGCAGCCUGGAUCAAGGUCGGGCACCUCAGAGGCUACGGUACUGUUUCUGCACAGGGUGGACACGGUGGCACAUGCUCGCUGGGCUCACCCUGCCACACCACACCAGUCAGCGCUGGCCCCAGCGAUGGCGGCAGCGGUGCUGGCGGCCGCAUUGCCGUACACACGCGCCUCUUCAACGAGUGGCGCGGUGAGACCCCGGCUGGUGCAGGUGGCGUCAAGAUGAACCCACAGCACGUGCCCAACCCAUCGUACCUCGGCGCAAGCUCGACGUCCUUCAGUGUUGGCAGGUAUGGCGCUGGCUACUAUCCUCCCGAUGACGAGUACUGGUUCCCGGACUGGACGUCAUCAACGACGACAGUGCGCCGGUACCAGGCAGAGGAUGGCGCCUACCUUGGCGCCUUCACCUUGCCACAGCGCUACAUCAUGCAGAUGUGGGGUGAUGUGGACAGGUACUACUACACCGCCGACUGGCAAGACCACACCGUGUCCAAGUGGGGCCCAUGGCCGAGCACGUAUCGCCAGUGGUCUGUUAGCGUCUCUGAUACUGCUGCUGGCGUGUCUGUGGACGCAGACUACGUCUACGUCAUCACGCCAACAUCAGCCAUUGUGCACCGCCUUUCCAAGGCGGACGGCAGCACAGUGCGCUUCUACGAGCCCUCUGGCGCGGAGAAGCCGCCCCUGACCCUCUCCGGGGCCAACAACUUUGGCUCCACGACAUAUGGCGGCCUGGUGGUGGUUGCGGGGGAGGUGUAUCGCGCAGCGUCAAACAAGGUGUAUCGGUACAGUCUGGAGACGGGCGAGUACAGCGGCGUGUCGUUCACAACGGCGGUGUCGCAGGUCUCCCUCGCGUUCAACGGCCGCGACCUGUGUGUCAGCCGCGACACAAGCUCGUCCGCACCACUGUACUGCUACCGCGUGCUCCACUCUGAUGUUUUCAACACCGAGGCGGAAAGCAACGGCGUUGUGAUUCCGACUGAGGAGAUGUACCACUACAGCAACCGCACGGGCGGUGAUGUUGGUGGAUCUGGUACCGUCAUGUACGAGGACCUGCUCACAGACCCGCUUGACCUGGCCGUGCUGCCUGAAUACCGCACGCGCCUGUACCUUGAUGGCCAGAACGCAAUGCCGCCCAAGCCGUUUUUGUUCCGCGAGCGCAACCCCAGGGUGGUGCGGCACCAGCGCACGGAGCUGAACAAUGCGUCGUAUGCCUUUGACGAGCUGCGCAUGCUUGACGAGGCACAGGUGGAGGUCGCGCCCGCACACGAGGCUGGUGGCACUGCGCCGACCCUGUCCAUCCGCAGCCUUGUGAGCGACGGCAGCGCCUUCAUCCACGCGCGAGCCAACGAGACGUACUUUGUUGACUACGAGCCCGGCACAAACCGCCACGCGCGCCCGUUUGUGUCCGGCUUCCUAUUGACGAGGAGGCAGAGCUGCGGCUCGCCAACUACGCCGAGAUGCACGGCACACGUGCGGUUGCGCUCGACUGGCGCGGCCUCAUCACGGGCGUGACAUCUCUGCGCUUGAUGGAGGGUCGCCGCGCGGUCGUUGGGCCCGUGGCAAGCAACGCCCUCGUCCAGGGUGAGCAGGUUGUCACGACCCCCACGCCGGGCGUGCUUGACCUCGGCAAGCUGGAGCUGGAGUACGAGGCGGAGGUGGAGUAUCCGCUACCACUCGACCUUGACGUGGGCGAGCUGGUUAUGCGCGCGGACUCCUCUAUCCGCGCUCCCAGCAUGUUCCUGCGCGUCAACGAGGCGUUCAUGGAGGGCGACUCUGUUCUGACCACGACGGCCCGUGGCCCAACGCUUGGGGAUCUGCUGCUGCCUGACGCGCCAUUCAAGGCCGAGAUGCUCGGUGCCGGCGACAACAUCACUGCCGAUGGCGUGUUGUUUGGCCAGGGCGGCGGUCAUGGUGGCUACGGCGGCUCGCACGUCAUCUUCGGUUCUGAGGAGGACCCCAUCAAGGGCGGACAGGCGUACGGCUCGUACAAGACCCCGCGCCACCCCGGCAGCCCCGGUGGUGGCGUUGGCGGUGGCGUUGGCGGCAGCAUCAUGCGCGUGCUUGUCGGCCUCUCAUUGCACUUGGACGGAAGCCUGGAGAGCAUGGGCGCUGACGCGUCUGCCCCCAACUCUGGCGGCGGCUCUGGUGGCAGCAUCUGGAUUGAGACCACGACGUUUGCUGGGCAUGGUGUCAUCAACGCGACUGGCGGCAGCGGCAUGGACCGCGGCGGCGGUGGCGCGGGCGGCCGUAUCGGCGUGCACGUGCGCUGGUUGCGUGAGUUUGCCGGCAUCUACGAGGCAUUUGGCGGCUUUGGCGGCGCCCCCUCCAAUGCAUCAGGCAACUUCCCUGGCGAGGCCGGUGCUGGCGGCACUGUGUACUACACGGACUCGAACGAUGGCCUGGACCAGCGCGAGCCCAUUGUGCGCGACGACCAGAUUGUCGGCUUCAAGGACGCGCACGUUGCGCUCAUCCUGGACAACGACAACCGCAACCACCACCUGGCCACGGCCGUCACGGACGAGGAGAACGGCUACUUUGAGUUUGACGAGCUGCAUCUCUUCCACCACGUCACCGUGCUCUUCCACAACCUCACGUCAACCAUCAUCUCCCACAAGUUCGUUGGCGACCGCACUGGCCGCGUGCACGUGCGUGGCAUGCAGCAGAUGUUUGUCGAGGUUGUUGAGGGCGUGGCGACGGAGUCCAUUGCGCCCGUCAGCUAUCGCAUCGACCCCACGGCCGAGGUCAUCUUCCCAACGCGCAACACCUUCCUGGGCACGCGCACACUGGCAGAGGGCCUUGUGACCAACAUUGAGGACUUCCGCGCAGCGGAGGGCGCGCUCGUCGUGUUCACAAACACGUCUCGCACAGCCAUGCUCGAGGGGUCGCCACUCAACAAGACGUACCUGUGGAUGACCACACCAGGGAACCUGACGUUUGGCACCAUGACCAUGCAGCGGGGCUGCGUGCUCGACCUGGACAACAUCCCAGACCCGCUCACCUUGCAGGCGUCGUCCUUGCUCAUCAAGUACCAGUCGCUCGUGCUCAUGAACCGCGGCUACAUUGAGACCUCUUACGGUGUGGUGGAGGGUGGCGGCAUCCUCAACCUCAACUACACCGGCCACCCCGAGAUGACGGGCCCCGGUGCGGGCAUGAACCACACGGACGAGCGCGGCCGGCCCCGCGGCGCCGGCGCUGGCUACGGCGGCCAGGGCGGUGGCUUCCACGUGGUGAAGCCGCGCUACGAGUCUGUUCCGGGUUUCCCUGGCCUGCGCGGCAAGUACAUUGAGGGCGUUGGCUCUGGCGGCCUGGCAUACGGCUCCGUGGUGCAGCCCAUUGAGCUUGGCUCUGGCGGUGGCGCCGGUGCGGCUGGAUCGCGCGGUGGCAGCGGUGGCGGUUUCCUUGUUUGGCGCUCCGAACUGCAGCUGCACGUGGACGGCUUUAUCCACCUGUUUGGCCAGGACGGCCAGGGCAAGAACGCCGGUGGCGGCUCUGGCGGCUCCUUCUUCGCGGAGACACUCAACAUGACCGGGCACGGCACGAUUGACGUGAGCGGUGGUCGUGGUGUUGAGCUUGGUGGUGGCGGUAGCGGUGGGCGCAUCGGCAUCCACUGCCACUUUGCGCACAAGUUUGGCGGCCACUACCGUGCUGCGCCCGGUGAAGGCGACACGUACGGCACCGCUGGCUCCGUGUACCGCGAGGAGACGAACCGCGGCCCGCAAUACGCCGACAUCAAGUACAGCAAGGAAGGUGACGUGAUUGCGAUUGAGCCUGGCUUCAUCUAUGUCAAGUUUGAUGCCGAAGACCACCUCGUCCCGUGGUACUCGCUCAUGAUCGAAGGCAACUCGACGGUGUUUGAGUUUGAUGAGUUGGAGCUGACGCGACACGCGAACCUUGAGCUCUUCCAUCCCUCUCACUUGGAGAACAUCACAGCCGUUGUGCAUGAGUUUGUUGGCGACAAUACUGGCCGGCUGCACCUGCGUUCAGACCAGCAGCUCUAUGUUGACUAUGUUGCGAACGAACCCGGCGAGAGCACUGCGCCAGCCAGCUACUGGAUCGACGAGGGGGCUGAGAUCAUCCUGCCGUCGACCGUGUACCUGCGCGGAACGCGAAGCGUGUUUGAGGGCCAGCUGACAGGCGUGAUUGACCUGUAUCUGUUCUACGGCUCUGUGUCACAGUUUUCGUCCACAGCCAACACGGCGUUCCUGGAGAAUGGCACGUACUCGCUGGUCACAAGCCCGGGUAACUUCACGUUUGGUACGGUCACGGUUCGCCGUGCAUCGGAGAUUGAGUUCCUUCGUGUCACGACUGAGCUGAACCUCAACGUCGCCGACCUGACCAUCAAGUACGGCGGCACGGUGCUCAUGAAUCACGCCGACAUCUUCUCAUCCACGGCGUACAUUGAGGCCACUGGCCGGCUGUCGCUGGACGCGCGCGGGCCCGGCGGGCUUGAGGUGUACAUGGGCCCGUCUCCCGGUGUCACUGUCAACGACAUUGGCAGCGGCGGCGGUCACGGUGGUGAGGGCGGUGGCAACCACACGUUCAUGGACAACGGCGUGCCCAUCCACUUGUCACCAAAGGGUGGUGAGCCGCACGGUUCAAUGUACAGGCCCACGCAGCUCGGCUCCGGCGGCGGCCACGGCAAGGGCGGACGUCUCGUGUCUCCCGGCGGCCGCGGCGGCGGCCAGCUGUUCUGGGACUCUGCCGUGUCCAUUGAGGUCGACGGCACGCUGUCGUGCCGCGGUGGCAAUGGAACUGGCGAGAACUCGGGCGGCGGCUCUGGUGGCAGCAUCCUCAUCCAAACCACAAACUUUACGGGCCACGGCGAGCUUGCUGUGAACGGCGGCCACGGCACAAAGCGCGGCUACGACGGCGCUGGUGGCCGUGUUGCCGUCCACUGCGAGUGGCGGUACAAGUUUGGCGGUCGCCUGCGUGAUCGCGGCGGCAACCGCCUUGAACCCGAACCGCUCACAGAGGACCCUGUCCGAACGCAGACGGUGCGCAUCGACCGUGCACACUCGUAUGGUGGCGGCUACAACCACGAGACCGACAUGUACUGGUUCCCGCACUGGCCGGGCUCCCUCAUCUACACGUACGACCGCGACUUUGAGUACCGCGGCGUGGUGAGCGCUGGCUCCAAGACACACAUUGCACAGAUCUGGACCGACUUUGACGGUUCAUGGUAUGCUGUGAGCGACAUCAACUCGCAGCUGGACAGCACGGUGACCAAGUUUGCGCCACUUCCGGAGCGCAAGUACUUUGAGCCACCACACGAGCCGCAGGUGGUGUGGGAGGUGCGUCUUGGCCCCAGCACGGCCGCGGUCGCCUCUGAUGAGUACUAUGUGUACGCCAUGCGCCGCGGCAGCAACACUGUGUAUGAGCUGUACAAGGACAAUGGUGAGACGGCGCGCACGUUUGCACUCGACAACGUGCCCGGGCUGUCUUGGAACAACCUCCACGGCGGUCUUGCCGUUGGGCAGGAGAAGCUGUUCUACGCCAGCGGCUCGCAGGUGUACCGCUUCAACCUGAAGGACGGCAGCUACGACGACUACUCCUUCACCGUCGGCUCCAACGUGGACGGCCUCAACUUUGACGGCCAGGACAUGUGUGUGCACAGCAACGGCGACUCACGCGACAUCCGCUGCUACGCCGUGUUUGACGAGAACGUCUACGACGACGUGCACCCCGAGCGCAUCUCCAGGCACCUGAACUACACCCUGAACCCCUUUGGCGCAGCGGCAGGCACCAUCUUCGUGGCUGAGAACCGUGCGCCGCCGUCGUACAAGAAGCUCAAGUAUGACCCUGUGACUGGUGAAGAGUACGAGGAGGUGAACCGCCUCUAUGCACACGUGGACAACGAAGGCUUUAACGUGCCCGGCGCUACCGUCAUUCUGGAGGACAACACGACAUAUUACGAGUUUGAUGAGCUUGAGUUGACUGGAUACUCGCGCAUGCUGGCGUACCAUCCGCAGGGCGAGCCUGUGACCGUGGUGGUGCACCGCUUCAUUGGCGACAAGACUGGCCAGUUCCACGUCCGCAACGACCAACUCAUUCUGGUGGAGUACGUGGAGAGCACGACGAACCAUACGGAGGCGCCGUGCUCGUUCCGCGGUGACGCCGGCUCGGAAAUCAUCUUCCCCUCCGAGACGCACCUGCACGGCGUGCGCAGCGUCUUUGAAGGCCUCAUCACCAACGUGGAGGACAUGUACAUUGAGGAUGGGGCAACGCUGCAGUUUGCCUCAUCGUCGCAAACGGCGUCGCUGAUCGGCAACCUGACACGCAUCUACAUGACACAGCCUGGCAACAUUACGUUUGGCACGCUGACCAUCAAGUACGGCGGCACGCUGGAGCUGCAGCGCAUCAAGAGCCACGCGUUCACGCUCACGGUUGCGCAUUUGCAUGUGCAGUUCAAUGGCAACAUGUUCGCCAACGAGGCGACCAUCCUCAGUGCCACAGGCAAUAUCGAGAGCGAAGGUGUGUUGCACCUUGACGCGACCGGCCACCCGGCCGAGACUGGGCCCUGCAGAGGCAGCACGGUCGACGGGUACGGCUCUGGCGCCGCCCACGGAGGCCAGGGUGGCGGGCUCCACGCGGAGCAUGCCACGCAGGCGUGCGACAGCGUGUACGCGCCCGAUGACUGGGGCUCUGGCGGCGGCAACGGCCUCGGCACCGGCGGCUCUGGUGGCGGCUUCCUCGUUUGGGAGGUGGAGUCCCACCUGGAGCUGAACGGCCGCCUGUCUGCGCGCGGCGGCAACGGCCAAGGCUUGCGGUCUGGCGGCGGGGCCGGUGGCAGCGUGCAGAUCCGCACGUACAACAUGUCUGGGCACGGCACGAUUGACGUGCAUGGCGGCGCCGGCGGCGUUGACGGCUUUGGUGGUGCUGGUGGCCGUGCGGCCGUGCUGUGCGAGCUCCGCUACCGCUUUGGCGGCGCGUACCUCGACUACGGUGGCAUUGACGAGCACCCGGCGUUCACCACGUCGGCCGCGCUGACGCAGCGCACGCUUGACCCACGCAGCUACGGUACCGGCUUCAACAUGCAUCUGAACGAGUACUGGUUCCCCAAGUGGCCGGAGCCGUUUGCGUGGCGCGUGGACGCUGACACGUUUGAGCUCCGUGGUACGGUUGAGCUGGGCACAGACAACGUCAUGCAGCUGUGGUUUGACGACGACAACUACUACUACACGGCAGACCACACGGGCAACAAGAUUGGCAAGUACGGGCCCUAUCCCGACAACGACCUCAUUUGGGAGGUCGACAUGCAGUACGAAGAGUUUGGGCAGUACGCCUCUGGCGUGGCCGUGUCUGGCCGUGAGGUGUUUGUGAUGCGCAGCCGCAGCGAAGUCAUCUACGUAUACGACGUGAUUGACGGUGCCAUGCUGCGCACGUUUGCACUGGAGGGCGGCCGCUCCACCUACAACAACGCUGACCUGUACGGCGGCUUUGCCAUUGUGCACGACAAGAUCUUCUACGGCUCUGGCACGCUCAUCACGCGCCACGACCUGGCCACGGGCCAGUAUGACGGCUUCUCCUUCUCCACGGCGGUCACCAUCCGCAGCAUGGUGUUCAACGGCGAGGAGCUCUGCGUCUCCGACAACACCGCCAAGCUCUGGUGCUACCAGGUGCUUGUGUCCAACACGUUCAAGCAUCCGCAGCGCGGCGGGCCCGUCAACAUGCGCGGAGCCGCAGCGGGCACGACCUAUGUGGAGGAGAACCUGCGGCCGCUGGAGUACCGCAUCGUGCGCUACUCGUACUCGCUCAAGGAGACGGUGCUGACAGCUGACCACACGUACCUGCAUGUGGACAACAUUGGCGUCAACGUGCCGUGGGCAUCGGUCAUCAGCGAGGAAGGCACGGACACGUAUGAGUUUGACGAGGUGGAGCUCACGGGCCACUCACGCCUCAUUGCCUACCACCCUGGCACGCAGGUCAAUGUGACCAUCCACAAGUUCAUUGGUGACCGCACGGGCCAAUUGCACGUGCAGGACCAGCAGAUUGUGUUUGUGGAGUAUGUGGAAUCGCUCAGCAACAAGACAGAGGCGCCCUGCAGCUUCAAGGUGGACGUUGGCGGCGAGAUUGUGUUCCCCGUGGAGGUAUACUUGCUCGGCGUGCGCUCCGUGUUUGAGGGCAUGCUCACGGGCAUUGAGCAGCUGCAUGUGGGCGACGGCGCUUACGUGGAGUUCUCGUCCUCGGCCAACACGGCGCAGCUGGAGAACGAGGAGUACGUGGACGUCACAACGCCAGGCAACUUCUCCAUCCCCAUCAUCAUGAUCAAGCGCAACUCUGAGGUGGAGUUUAGCCGCAUCGAGCACAAUCUCACCAUCUCUGCAACCGACAUCUUCAUUCGCUACGGUGGCUUGAUGAUGAUGAACGAGGGCAAGAUCGACACCACCCUCUUCUCCAUCGAGUAUGGCGGUGCCCUGGCCGCUGGUGGGCGUGGCUUUGCUGCGCAGACCGGCCCGGGCUCUGGCUUUUACGACGGCUCCAACGGGCGUGGCCUCGGUGCUUCGUAUGGUGGGUACGGCGGUGGCCACAACAUCGACAACACAGCCCACACCCCGUAUGGCACGGUGUACGAGCCUCUGCUGCACGGUAGCGGCGGUGGGAUCGCAUCUGGCGCCACCCCGACGGAGACUGUCUGCUACUCGAACAACGCCGCGGCCAUCAUCAGCGUGCCGUGCAUGCGCGGCUCGGGUGGCGGCGUUGUUCACCUGAACGCCGGCUCGCAGGCCGAGAUGGACGGCGUGUUGAUUGCCAACGGUGCAGAAGGCGUUGUUUCGAACGGCGGCGGUGGCAGCGGUGGCAGCAUCUUCAUCGAGACGACCAACUUCACGGGCCAAGGCGAAGUCAACGUGAACGGUGGCGCAGGCCAUGGCUCCGGCUUUGGCGGCUCAGGCGGACGCAUUGCUGUGCACAUCCGCCACCGCCACACCUUUGGUGGUGCGUUGCGCUCCGUCGGUGGCCUGCCACAGGGCGGGCCCGGUACGGUGUACGCUUACGAGAUCAACCGCGGUCCACAGUACGCGCUCUUCAAGUACAACCCCGAGCUGAAGAAGAUCGCCCCUGUUUCGCCACACCGACACGUGCGCAUUGACCAAGAGAACAACGUGGUGCCUCAGCCGGCGCUCAUCAUGGACACGACUGGCGACUUUAUCGACUUUGACGAGAUGACUGUGGACGGGUAUGCCAAGUUGUACUUCUACCACCCCGAUGAUCAAGAGCAUGUGACGAUUGUGGGCCACGAGGUGCGCGGUGAUCGCACUGGCAUCAUUCGCGUGCGGUCGAACCAGCGCUUCUUUGUGGAAGUGGUGGUGGCUGCAGAGAACGUGCACGAUGCGCCCGUGACGUACUACGUGGAUGAGGACGCGGAGCUGCUCAUGCCGCCCAACCUCAUCUUGCGCGGUGAGGACCUGAUCCUUGAAGGGCGCCUGACCAAUGUGGAGCACCUCUACGUUGAGAGCGGCGGCGAGUUUGUGUGUGACGGCCAGUGCCACACAGCCCUGUUGACCCUGGAGAAAUCCAACGACACAGUGGUGAUUCACGGCAUUGAGUACGAGGUGGUGGAGACGUCCAAGUCAUUCUACCCCGAAGACGCGUACCGCAGCCUGCAGGACCCGCACAGCAUGAAGUUCUCUACCGUAGAGGUCAAGAACACGGCGACGCUCAACAUCAAAGUGCCCAACGCGGAUGUGGAGGUGGCCGACUUUGACAUCCGAUUUGGCGGCCUCGUGCGCAGCAACACGCAGGUGCUCACGCUGAACAUUGGCGAGUCGUUCUUUGAGCACACGGGCCGCCUGGUUGCUGAUGGCAGCGGCUACGGCGCCAACACGGGCCCGGGUGCCAGCUCCGACACCGGUGACCGCGGCUGCGGUGGUGCGUAUGCCAACGUUGGCGGUCGCGGUGACUACUGCUCCAGCCUUGGUUCCGUGUACGGCUCUGUGUUUAUGAACUCGGGCCGCAUGCCUGGAUCGGGCGGCGGCGGGCCCAACGCAGGCGCUGGUGGCGGCCUGAUCAACCUCCUGGUUGGCGGACGACUGCAAGUGGACGGGAUGAUUUCCUCCAACGGCGGCAACGGCGGCAGCUACAGCGGCGGCGGUUCUGGUGGUGGCAUCUACGUCAAUACGGAGCGGCUGACUGGCCACGGCGUGAUCCAGGCCAACGGCGGCAACGGAGGCGCAUACUCCGGUGGAGGCUCUGGUGGCCGCGUGGUGGUGCACAUCACGGCGCACGAGUUCAGAUGGGAUGGUGCUGUGACGGCGUUUGGUGGACGGUGCGGCGGCGCGUCGACUGACAACGGCGGCUGCCACACUGACACGGAGCACGGCGGUGUUGGGUCCGUGUAUGUGCGCUCGCACCCUGACGAUGGUGACGCGUUCCACACGCUCAUUCUGGACAACCGCGGGCGCAACCGCAACACGUAUCCGUUCGUGCUGGAUGAAGGCCAGGUGACCUUUGACCACCUGCACAUGGUGAACAAUGCGCGCUUGCAGUUCAGCACCAAGACGACGCCCUCUGCCCCGGCGUUCUUCAAGUCUGUGACUGGUGACCUGACUGGGCUCUUGUAUGUGCAGUCUGGCCGCGAGGUGCACAUUGGCGGGCGCGAGCUUGAGGCGUCGUACCCAGCCGUGGACAUGACAGUUGAUACUGACGGCCAGCUGGAGGGCACGCUGCGGUUCUUCGUGCGAGACACGUUCAACGUGCAUGGCAUGCUCUCUGGCGUGCAGUCGCUCUACCUGCUGCCUGGCACCCGCAUGAACAUCAACGGCGGGCGCACGACGUGCUUGGAAGGCACGUGCUCGGCCGCGGAGCGGAGCUGGAUGGACAACAACUACAUGUUCAAGGACCUGGUUCUGUACAAGGGCGCUUCGAUUGUUGACACGAACAGCAACGGCAACACCAAGUCGCUCGAGCGCGUGAAGGACAUCACUGUCCUGCAUGCAGACAGGCUGCACAUGCAGUAUUCUUCCUCCGUGACGGCGUCCACGAUUGCCAUCUGGACACGUCAGGCCAAGGUUGACCAGCGAGCGAGCCUGUCCACAAACGCCCGUGGGUACACUAUCAGGACCGGUCCAACAACACCAAGUGGCAGCAGUUGUCGUGACAGCGUCGCUGGUUCAUAUGGCGGGCGCGGUGGACGCGGAAAGCACGGCAAUUCGUAUUGCGGUGUCGAGGCUGGUGAUCCUUAUGGCCACGCAUGUUACCCUUACCACGCAGGCGGUGGUGCAGGGUCAAACUAAUUUGUGUGUGUGUGUGUGUGUGUGUGUGUGUGUGUGUGUGUGUGUGUGUGUGUGUGUGUGUUUGUGCUUCUUUUGUUGAUCAUGUUGUUCUUGCUCUUGCUCUUGCCCUUUCAUUCACACCCUUUCUCUGGUUGACUUGUUACAUGAAAUCAGUCAUCCUCCGUGUUGUUGUUCUUUCUUUGUGCACAUCCCCUCGUGCGCAAUCUCAUGUGGUCAUUCACAUGAGCGUCUCUCACUCGUUUUGUCCCUUCUUUUCAUUGUCACGUUCCUUCAUCAUCGCAUAUUUCGUUUGUUGACUUGGAAUGAGCGUGUGCUCUCUGCAAGUGUUGAAGCAGAUUGAGGUGUUUCUUGUGCCUUGGGUACUUGGUGAGCUCGGGAAACUCACAUACAUACCGAAGGGCGUGAUCAUCUUCAUCUGGAUUGUUGCGUUUGCUUUUUCUUUGUCGUUUUUUGUCUCGUGCUUCCUUCUUUACUGCCCCCCUCCCCCUCGAGCUCUUCCAUCGCGUUUCUCUGUUGACAUCAUUUGCGCUUUGACGCCUCAUUUGUUCUCCUACAUCAUCACGUUUGCUGCUUUCAUGCAUGCACUUGUUGUUUUGCUGUCCUUCUAAUUUGACUGACACACCGACCACAGCCAGA